ACAGUUUUCUAGUGAAUUUCGUUCAGUAAACACACACUUUUAAAUGUCUCUCAAAAUUUAAACUAAUUUUUAUCAUUUUUGAGAGUAAAGUUUUGUAAAUUUCAAGGACUUUUUUUUUUGUUUUUGAGAAACGGUUUUUAGACAUACCUACCCUAGAUUGCAGCAGAGAGUGGCGGAGAUCAAGAGGGCGAUGGCGAUGGCGAAAAAAGGAUAUGUCUGCACUACUUGCGGCAGUAAGAAACAAAAGCUGACGCCGGCAUUGGAGUUUGGAUUCUAUAAACGACGACAACAAUAUGAGGAACAUCGUUGCAUUGAAGGUGUCUCGGACAUAUGCAAAAAAUGUGAUGCUUUUACAUUUUUUCUCAAUCUAGAUGACAAUUCAAGUGAGUCCCCGGAUGUUGUACUAACGUCAGGAUCACUUAAAUACAAGAGGUUCGGCAGACAGGACAAGAGUGUGAGCAGCCAGGGUGAGAAAUUUAGUCCAUGGACACCAAUUUCAAUCGGAUCUAAAUAUUCGAGUCGAUCAAGAAGCUGUGCCCCAAUGGUGUUAUCCGAUCGAAGCAGCCGACGUACUCAAUCUACAGGUAGAAGGGACUUUAAUUGGCCUGAAGUCCAGCAGAGGCCCAUUUAUGGAGAGAUUUCACCAUCGAGUGAUAGUGAUUGUGGACGUCAUGACGAGCCGAACAUAACGAAUAGUCUUGAGGAAUAUAGUGUAUAUGAAUAUAGCGAUUAUGAUUCAAGCUUUUAUGAUGAGAAUGAAACUGCUGGUUUUCCCAUUGAUAUUGCUAUUGAUGAUGAUGCUAAGGAUUAUGAGACUGACGAUGAAGACAUACAACAGUUUAGACGCACAGAGACGAGAUCGUCACAAACGCUCGAGUCCAGGAUAGAUAGUCCGCCUUCAAACAGAAGGGAGAAACCGAUGAGCAGCCAUAAUGAUUAUCCCAAAUUGAAGACAUCUUCCAAAAAAAAGGACAAGAAACCAAAAAACGACUUGCCAAAAAAAGUAAAACAGAAAAAAGAAUUGCUUAGCAAAUUGAAUGGAAUGAGGGAACGUCUAAAUACUGAAUAUGAGAGAGCCCAAUCUGAGCUGAAGCAACUCCAAUAUGACAAUAUAGUCAAGAAACAAGAAUUGAAGCAAAUCAAACGCGAACGUGGAGGAGCGCACUACAUUUUGCCCGAAAUAUCCGAUGGCUAUACCAAAAGGGAGGAGCAAGUAAAGUCGGAAAACGUAACCCGUGAAAGUCAAAUGAGGCGAUCCAUGAAGGAGGAGAAGCUGCCGAAAUCAACUCCAUAUAUGGAAUCAGAUCUAACACCCUUUUGUAGCUCUUUAAAUGGUGGAGGGUCAACUGUCACUGAGGGUCCUACAAGUUCAAGGCAAUGCCUAACGCCAUUGACUACGCAAUCUCUAGCAAUGCCGAGGGCUUCAAGGGGAGGAUUGAAAAGCUUAAACAAAUUUCCACGAAUUUGUUAUGCCUUGUCGAGUGUUCAGAGAGCUAUAUACCAGGGAUUUGUCACCGAUCCAAGGUCAAAGAUUGGUCGAACCAAACAAUUGGCGCUCAGGAAGGGCAAAAAACCUGAGUAUGUCGACGAACUGCCUUACUCUCAGUUUACCACACUUCCAUGCAAUCGAAAGGAGAUUCUUUAUUUACUGGAUAUCAAGCCAGAAGCCAGUAACAAUGCAAAUGUUGCCCAAGAACUAUUUAUAUCACGAGCACCCGUCUUUUGUCCCGAUGAUGAUUGCAAGCGUAUCACUUUUAUUGCGGAUUUCAAUCGUCAUCUUUUGUAUGAUCAUCGCGCCCUGACCAUGGAGCGCAUCAAUGUGAGGCAGUCGAAAACCUUCUACCUGGAUUCAAAUGUUGUUCUGCUCAAUAAGCCCAAAUGCCAUAUACUGUAUUUGAUCCGAGAAAAGGUUAUCGAUACACAUAGCAAGAAAUUGCGCGAACUAUUGCCUGUUCUUGUGAUGACGUCACGUGUACGCCUUUCCGAGAUGUUUGGCCCCUCAAGUGCUGUGGAACUACACGGCGUCUCGCACCAGGCUCUCAAUGCUGAAAUGUUUGUCAUCUGGCUGACAAGCUUCAUUCCCAGGGAUCACAAUGUCAUAGGCACAAUUUGUGUGUGGUCUACAGACAAAACCCAAUUGGUCAAUUCGUUGUAUGUCCAUACCAGCGAUGUUUACGAUAUCAGGGACCCGCAGGAUCUGUGCUCCAUAUGUUCCAGCACCAGCUCUUUGGUUAUACCCGGUCACGUUGUUAAUCGUAUGACCAAUCAUGGCGGAAACUUUUUGGCCGUCCAGAUUCAACUGUAUUAGAAGACUGUAUUAGACGUAUUAGAGAGCGAGAGGAUAUUCUUAUUACUAAUACUUAUACUUCUUAUACUCGCUUUCGAAAUCGAGAUUUUGUUCGUUUAAAUUUUUUGGUGUAUUACAAAUAGUAUUAAUUGUUAAAACAUUGUUCAAAAAGUUACA